AUGCCAAACAAUUACUGUGGAGGGGGAAUUGAACAUUGGCAUUUAAGAAACGUUCGGGUUCCUCCUCUCCUUGAUUCUAUAUUCGGAACCAACAAAAACAGUCAUAUUUAUUCCAAUACAUUACUAGAUACGCUACCAAUUGCUCAAAUUGCAUGCGGAUCCAAUCAUUGUAUAGUAUUAACGGAGAGAAAUGAAUUGUAUUACCAAGCCUCCUCAUCAUCAUCAUUAUGCGGAUCAAGAUCUUGUCAUUCAACAAUGGUCAAUGAUCAUGACCAUUCUCAGCAUGCUACAACUUCUACUACUACUCACGAAACAUUGAAUGGUAUAUAUACUAGUAGUGAUCGGACUGAUGCCAUGGUCCAUAAAGAUUUUAGAAAAUUAAAUUUUGGAAAAAAGAUACGAAUGGUAGCAGCGUCAAGUGAUCAAGUGUUUGUCAUUUCCAAGGAUGAUGAAAUUUUCACAUUUGGAGGAAAGGAUAAUUCAAAUACAGCAACUGCCCAUUCAUCAUUAUCAAAUUCCGUACAAUUUCAAUUAUUUAAGCCAUGGCAACAAAUUGGAGAACGCAUUGACAAAUUUGUGGCAAGUUGUUUCACGAGUUGUUUUAUCAUUGUCUCGACGGAGGGAAAAAUUUAUGUGAGUGGAUCACAACAUUCUUUUAAUUAUGGAAUGCUUGGAAUUUCUACAGGUGGCAACUCGGAUAGUCAUCGAAGAUUUCAUCGAGUGACACUUCCUGGCAAUGAAAGAAGUAAGAUCAAGAUUGUUGCCAUGGGAGGACAACACACCAUUAUUGUGACUGAAAGAAAUGAAUUUUACUGCUCUGGAAGUAACAUUCAUUAUCAAUUAGGCUUUCAAAGUUCGAGUGGAAAACAAACAAAUUUUGUAAAACCAAAAAACAUUCCAUUCAUUGGAAAGAGAAUUGAAUCAGUUUCUUGUGGAUACGAUUUUACGUUUGUAUUGGUUGAAGGCAAUGUUUUGUAUGCGUGUGGAAAUUCAUCAAGUGGACAAAUUUCUGGUACUUUUGAAAGAAUUAACUUUUUCACAAGAAUUCCCUUCUCUUUUCCUAUUCGACAAGUAGCCUGUGGAGAAGAUUUUACCAUGAUUCAAACCAAUAAUGGAUUAUUCUAUCGAACAGGUUCCAAUAGACACUCUCAACUAUUCCUUAAACAAGUCAUUACUAGAAAUGGCUCUCGUUCAGAAGUUGACAAAAUUUCAACAUUUGAACCUUGUUACAUUGACGACAAUAUUGAUGAAGUAGUGUGUGGAAGUUCAUACUUUUUCAUGUACAAAAAAGCAUUCUCUCAUGUACAAACCUUAUUUCCUAACCUUGUAAAUAUACUCUGCUUUACUUCAUUGAACCAUAACACGUUCGAUUGUACACUAGUUCCAUUUUGGGAUAUUUCACUCGUUCAGAAUUGUUUUUAA